AUGGUCGGCCGCCUGGGCCCCGACCUGGGCGCGCGCGGUCCCACGCGAGGCGGGACGAGGCCCUGCGGCGGCGGCGGCGCUCAGCCCUCGGGCAUGGCGCGGGGCCUGUCCAGCCGACCCGAGGGCGCCGCUGCUCCGGGCCGGCGAGCUCGGAAUCUGGGGAGGUCAGAGCAGACGGGGUCAGUACGCAGAGCGAGCGGCCGUUCCCCAUCCCCACCCCCGGCGCGCUUCCCUCGAGGGGGGUCCUGUCCGCGCCCCGGGCCAGGUCCGCGGCCGUUCCCGCUCGGGCGGCCUCGCUCGCGGCGCCGCACCGGGCGGGACGCGGGCCUGCGCCUUCGGCUCGGCGAGAAACGAAGGCGCGAGGAGCCAGGGCUCUGGGCAGGUUCUCCGAUCCAGGACUGGGAAUCAUCCAGGCCCCGGAUGACUCCAUCCCCAAAGCCCCUCCGCGCCCCACUGCCUCUGCCUCGCAGCCCCGGCACCUUUCCUCCCUGCGUCCGCAGACUCGGUCUUGCCUCUGGCCCACCGUCCACAGGGCAUGUGGCCCGUUCUCUUCCGCCCUGCGCGCACUGUGGCCCCCUACUGCGCUGGCAGCGACUCCCGCCCUCUGCACUCCCCCAGCCCCACGCCAGCUCGCCCUGCUCACCACGAAGGGGUGGGCCCCCAGUCGCUCCCUGCCCCCCUAGCCUUGUGGGCAAUCUUAGGAAGCCUUUUCUGCUACCGCCCACCUGGGCCACAAGCCCCUACGCCCCUCUCACAGCCCUGGCACUGGCUGUCACGGCCCCACACCAGGCUGCGCUCAUCAGCCCUGGGCCGGGGCCGCCGGGGCCAGACAGACCCUGUCCCGAUCGGCGCUCGCACAUGGAGCCCCAGCCCCUGCCCCGAAAGGCUGGAGCCAGGGCCUGGCCGCCCUCCCCCUACAGCCGCCGGGCCUCUUCCUGGGGACCGGCCCCAGGCCCUGCUGCCCCCGCCGUCCUGAGCCCGGCCCGGGGCCUCCUGCUCGGCUGCCCGGACCUCACAGACUCCAGUGCCUCUGGGCGCCUCGCUGCCCGCCUCUUCCCUGGCGCCUUGAACGCAUCCCUCAGUGCCCACAAGGAGUGGCAAAGGGAGAGGAGAAAGCGGCCCUCCCGCAGCCCGAUCGGACGGAGGCCGGUGAAGGGGUUGGGCCGCUCCCGGCAGGCUGCGUCUUGGCUCCGCGGUCCGCUCCGCCCGCUCCCCCCCGACAGGGCCUGGUCCAGGCAGUCCGGCCGCCAGGCCUCACCCCUGCAGCGCUGCCCCUGCACCGUGCCGCCCCUGCGGCCGGGCACUCGGGGCUCACCAGGGCGCCCUGCCCGCGCGCCCUGCCCGCACCUACCCGCCGCCGGCCAGAUGUUGCGCGCGCGGGGCCUGGCCCCAUCUGGGGUCCCCGCGCCCCCACCCCCUAAGCGGCGCCGGUUGCCAGGGCGACAGCGCUGCGAGGCAGCGGCGCCCGGGACCGCGACACUAGGAAGCCGGGCGCCCCCGGGCUCCAUGCGCGGCCCGGAAAACCUCUCCACCGGCGUCACUCGGCAACCCGAGAGAGACUCGGGCGCCCUGAAAUUCUGCGCAGCCCACACCCAGGCCGCCGACCAGGGCGACUCUGAUCGCCGGCAACAGGCGGUCUUACCGCGGAGCUGGCCCCGAGGCGGACCCGGGUGGCCGCCGCCCAUCUGCAGGGGGCCCCAUGGGACCUCGUUUGCGGACAUAGUGCCGCCUCCCAGAGACCCUGGGCCCUGGGUUCCUCCACUUUCCUCUCCCCGGUCCUCAUCUGAGGCCAGAGAACAGGAGCAGUGGGCAGCCUUCGGGGAGCAUGCUGGGGCCCGGGCAGUGCCUGGUCCCAAACAGGUGGCCGAGUCUCUGCAGAUGAUGGGCAUAGAUGAUGUGCCCUUCCCCGGCACCAGGCCCCCAGGGGCGCCCUGGAGCCAGCAAGCCCUCUUGGGCCGUCCCUGA